GUGUUUUUGGUGCUCUUAAAAUAUUGCAAGCAAGGACAUUUCAACGCACGAGUUAUGUUUGAACCUAAUAGUCAUUGUGAUAAUCUUUGUUAUGAUCAAUGAUUUCAGAAUGGCAAGCCGAUCUCUUGUCCCUCUAUACGGUGGCAGACAUCUUCUCGGCAUUGUCUCUGCCGCUCCAUUCAUUUCCACGUGCCCUCUUUCGACACGGCUACCGCCAACGAAAACCGUUGAAUUUUACUAUGGUAGUCGAAAGUACGUCGGAACUGGCAAGCUUGGUGACACACUUUUGCAUGUUGUCAAGGAAAACGGGAUGCCUUUCGUUAAUUUCGGAGCGUGUGGAGGUACCAUGGCUUGCUCCACUUGUCACGUUAUCCUCACACCGGAACACUUUGAGCGAGUUGAUCGAAUAAAUCCUGCAAGUCAGGAGGAACACGAUUUGUUAGACGAAGCUCCAGAACUGACCAAUCAUUCUCGUCUUGCUUGCCGAAUUGAACUAGACAGAAAAGAUCCAGAAACGAUUGGAGUCCAUGUACCGCUGGAAAGAAGAGACGCACGUGUCAAGAAAUAAUCAACAUCUGAGAACAGCUCUCAUGAAACACCCGUUAUAAUCUGUCGAUACUCAUAAACUGUUUGGAUUCAAUUGUUAUGUUGUAGUAGUAAAAGU